AUGUCCAGCAGCUGGCUUUUCACCGUCGCUUUCGUGACGUACGGCUACUGCGGCAAGGACGAGGACUCCGGCAAGCCGCUGCCAUGCGCGGUCAAGCGUGAUCCGGUCCCCAUCGAGAGUAGCAUCCUCAAGGACGCGUGUCCCGCGCUGAUCGAUUCUUCGGGCCCGUGCUUCCGCAACUUCCAGAACCUCGUCUGCCAGGCGUUCUGCUCGCCCAAGCAGUCCGAAUUCGUCGCCAUCAAUGGCACCAGCAGCGAGGGAAGCGACCAACCCUCGGCCACGGAAUCGGUCUAUGCAGUGCACAAGACGUUCGCCGAAAAAGUCUACGAUUCCUGCAAGGGCGUUCGCACCUACGUCUUCUGGACCAAGCUGAUGUCGUACAUGUGCGGGAAGCACGGCGCCAGCGGCUGCUCGGCCCAGCGCUUCCUCGACUUCGUGGGCUCCACCUACUCGGAGGGCGGCUACUCGCCCAUCAAGAUCCGCCACGUUCUCACCGAGGGCCCGAUUACGGUAGCCGGCCAGAAACUGGAGCCUUUCAACCCCAAGUUUCUCUGA